GCUCGGUGCUCCGACCAUGUCUCUACUGUUCCGAGUGCUCCAUGGCGAAUGUCAUCCAACAUGGAUGGCACGGUUCUCAACGAGCGCGCCCGUGCUGGCGCGGAAGAAGGUCAAGGCCCCACCGGUACUCUCUAAGAAACAGCUCGCAGCCAAGGCUAAAAAACGUGCGCUAAAAGCGAAGGAGAAGAGCAUAUACGAGAAGGAAAAAAUGACACUUGCGCAGGCCAUCAAUGUCCUUCGUGCAGUCGAGGUCGCGUCGCCAAACUCAGCCUAUGAACUGACAAUCAAGACUGGAAUGCCCAAAGGCGUAGCUGUCCCGAAAGGGCGCAUCGUGUGGCCGCGUGAGGCGAAGCCCCGCUCCAGGGAUCGCAUCCUGGUAUUUGCAGAGGGAAAAAAAGCGGACGAGGCUCGGUCGGCGGGUGCCGACAUUGUGGGUGGUCCGGAACUCAUUGAGGGUGUUAUUAACGGUCGCCACCAAGCUACGACGAUCCUGUGUACGCCCGACCUCAUCCGCGCUAUCACUCCGAAACUCGGUCGUGUCCUGGGUCCUCGUGGAUUGAUGCCUUCAGAGCGGCGAGGUACCGUCACCGACGACGUCGCCGGCUAUAUCCGCCGUUUAGCAGGCUCCGGAGAGUGGAGGGCGGACAAAGAGGGAACCAUCCGGGCUCCCGUUGGAAGGAUGCACUGGCCCAUAGAUGACGUGAUGACUAAUGUUAGGCAUGUCCUGAACCUGGUCAAGCGGGCCACAGGGAACAUCAAGGAUCCCAAGGACAAAGACAAGGAUAUACCUGUGAAUCCAAUCACGCGAGUGGUCCUCAGUUCUCAUAAGGGGCCUGGAAUUACUAUCGGAGAUACUUAGGGUACAGCUGCAGUAAUGCCUACAGAUUAUUGUGAGAUGCACAGCGGUGGACAACAUUUGACAUAAG